CGUGGCCCCGCCCCCAGGCGGAGCACCGCCCGGAGCUGUAGGGAGAGAACAGGCGACCGACCGGCGCGGGAGGCGGCAGCAGCCGGGCUCGCCCGAGAGGACCCACCAUAACCUCAGCCUGCUGGCUGGGCACCACGGACCCGUACCCACUAAUGCAGCCCGGCCCCCAGAGAGUCAGGCUCACAGAGCUCGCCCAUGUGGGCCGGCGGUGUGGGGAGCCCUCGGAGGGGCCUGGCCCCAGCACCUACCGAUGACCUCUUUGCCCGUAAGCUACGCCAACCAGCCCGGCCUCCACUGACUCCACACACCUUUGAGCCAAGGCCAACCCGAGGCCCACUCCUGCGCAGUGGCAGUGAUGCAGGUGAGGCCCGGCCCCCGACACCAGCCAGCCCCCGGGCUCGGGCUCACAGCCAUGAAGAAGCCAGCCGCCCUGCUGCCACCCCUACCCGGCUCUUCACUGACCCCCUGGCACUGCUGGGGUUGCCAGCUGAGGAGCCAGAGCCCACCUUCCCAUUAGUGCUGGAACCCCGGUGGUUUGCUCACUAUGAUGUGCAAAGCUUGCUGUUUGACUGGGCCCCACGACCUCGAGGGACAGGUAGCCAAGUAGAGGCCAGCUCUGGGACCCCAGCCUUAGCUGAGGACCAGGCUGCCAGCUCAGACUUACUCCUUGGGGCACCUGGCUUUGUGAGUGAACUUGGAGGUGAAGGUGAGCUAGGUCUGGGUGGACCAGUGUCCCCACCUGUGCCUCCUGCACUGCCUAAUGCGGCCGUAUCAGUUCUGGAGGAGCCACAGAACCGGACCACAGCCUACAGCCUGGAGCAUGCAGACCUGGGUGCAGGCUACUACCGCAAGUACUUCUAUGGCAAAGAACAUCAGAACUUCUUCGGGCUGGACGAGGCAUUGGGUCCUGUGGCAGUGAGCCUGCGGCGAGAGGAUAAAGAGGGUAGUGGUGGAGGCACCAUCCACAGCUACCGUGUCAUCGUGCGCACCACACAGCUCCGGACCCUCCGUGGCACCAUCUCAGAGGACGCACUGCCACCUGGACCCCCAAGGGGCCUAUCCCCCAGGAAGCUUCUGGAGCAUGUGGCCCCUCGGCUGAGCCCAACCUGCCUGCGCCUGGGUUCAGCCUCCCCCAAGGUGCCACGCACAUUGCUUACUCUAGAUGAGCAAGUGCUGAGCUUCCAGCGCAAGGUGGGCAUCCUGUACUGCCGGGCUGGCCAGGGCUCAGAGGAAGAGAUGUACAACAACCAGGAGGCAGGAGCAGCCUUCAUGCAGUUCCUCACCUUGCUGGGCGACGUGGUGCGGCUCAAAGGCUUUGAGAGUUACCGGGCUCAGCUGGAUACUAAAACGGAUUCAACGGGCACACACUCCCUCUACACCACCUACCAGGACCACGAGAUCAUGUUCCACGUGUCCACAAUGCUGCCUUACACUCCUAAUAACCAGCAACAGCUCCUGAGGAAGCGCCACAUCGGCAACGACAUUGUGACCAUCGUGUUCCAGGAGCCGGGUAGCAAGCCCUUCUGCCCCACCACUAUUCGCUCACACUUCCAGCAUGUGUUCUUAGUGGUGCGUGCACACGCACCCUGCACCCCGCACACCUCGUACAGGGUGGCUGUGAGUCGCACCCAGGACACUCCAGCCUUCGGGCCAGCUUUGCCCCCAGGCGGAGGCCCGUUUGCAGCCAACGCUGAUUUCAGGGCCUUCCUGCUGGCCAAGGCACUCAAUGGUGAGCAGGCGGCAGGUCACGCACGCCAGUUCCACGCUAUGGCCAUGCGCACGCGCCAGCAGUACCUGCAGGACCUGGCGACCAACGAGGUGACCACGACGUCGUUGGACUCGGCUUCGCGGUUCGGCCUGCCAUCCCUGGGCGGCCGGCGCAGGGCAAGCCCUCGGGGCCCGGGCGCAGAGCUGCAAGCGGCAGGCGCGCUGAUGUGGGGCGUGCGCGCUGCGCCCGGGGCGCGGGUCGCAGCCGGCGCGGAACCGGGCGGCCCCGACGGCGCCGAGGUACCCUGCCUGCUGGGCAUCUCGGCCGAGACGCUGGUGCUGGUGGCGCCGCGUGACGGCCGCGUGGUCUUCAACUGUGCCUGCCGCGACGUGCUGGCCUGGACCUUCUCGGAGCAACAGCUGGAUCUGUACCAUGGGCGCGGGGAGGCCAUCACGUUGAGGCUGAACGGGGCCCCUGGGCAAGCGGUGGGCGAGGUCGUGGCGCGCUUGCAGCUGGUGAGCCGCGGCUGCGAGACCCGAGAACUGGCGCUGCCCAGAGAUGGCCAAGGGCGCCUGGGCUUCGAGGUGGACGCAGAGGGCUUCAUCACGCACGUGGAGCGCUUCACGUUCGCGGAGACCACCGGGCUUCGGCCGGGAGCGCGCCUGCUGCGCGUGUGCGGCCAGACGCUGCCCAGCCUGGGGCAAGACGCUGCUGCCCAACUGCUGCGCUCGGCGCCCAAGGUCUGCGUCACCGUCCUGCCCCCAGACGAGAGGGGCCGGCCCCGCAGGAGCUUUUCGGAGCUGUACAAGCUGUCUCUGCAGGAGCCCAGCCGUCGUGUGGCCCCAGAGCCAGUGCAGGAUGACGCCCUGGAGAUGGUCCUGCUGCCCCCCACAAAACAGCUGCUUCGCUUUUGCCUGAAAGAUGGCAGUGGCCCUCCAGUGCCUGGGGAUCUGACUGAGGAGAGGACUGAGUUCCUGCGUAGCCAGAACUCACUGUCACCCCGAAGCUCCCUGUCAGAUGACGCUCCAGUCCUGCCCAACACCACCCCAGACCUCCUCCUUGCCACCACGGCCAACCCAUCAGCACCUGGUACUGGCAGGGAGACACCCACCUUCCAGGUCUCAUCAAGCAGCUCUAGUAGCCAUGGGGACAAGGAUGAGGGACAUGAAGGUCCAGAAUCUAGGGCCUCCAUCCUGCCACGAACCUUAUCUCUGCGGAACUCCAUCAGUAAAAUCAUGUCAGAAGCCUGCAGCGAGACUCUGGAGGAUGAGUGGCAGUCCAUCUCGGAGAUCGCCUCCACUUGCAACACCAUUCUGGAGUCACUGUCCCGGGAGGGACAGCCCAUCCCAGAGAGUGGAGACCCCAAGGGAACUCCAAAGUGUGACUCUGAGCCAGAACCCAGGAGCCUGUCGGAGAAGGUCUCACACCUAGAGUCCAUGCUCAGGAAGCUACAGGAAGACCUACAGAAGGAGAAGGCGGACAGGGCAGCCCUGGAAGAGGAAGUGCGGAGCCUCAGGCACAACAACCAGAGGCUGCUGGCAGAGUCAGAGAGCGCAGCCACCCGUCUGUUCCUGGCCUCCAAGCAGCUGGGUUCAGCCGCCACUGACCUGGCCUGAGGUCAACCUAUCAAGCUCCAGCCUGAAGCUGGACCUGCUUGGCACUGCCUGGCCCUUCAGGGUGCUUGGGUCAUACUAAUGACCCUCCUCAGGACUUCUUCCCUGCGCUGAGGCGCGUCUUAGCACUGCCCCCACUGCCUAGCCCAUUUGGUGGCCAAGGUGCCCCACCUGUCCCUGUUUGUAAAUAUUCUGUGAAAAGGGGACGUCAGGGAGUAAAAUAAGCCACCUUA